AUGGCAAGCCGCGCCGCGUUCGAGAUAAACAUGCUGACACAAGGCCUGCUGAACAUGCACAUCUGCGAUAUCCAAGCCAGGUAUCACCUAGAAGAGACCACGCGAAAUCGAAGCCAGUCCAGACAGGAAGACAGGGAAGCCGAAGUCGCACUCCCACGAGGCGUACUGCACGAUUUCAAACGCGAAGCGCCCAACGGAUUCGACCGGUCCAGCGAAGUGCGGAUGGUUCUCACCUUCUGCGAGAACCUGUGCAUCGCUGUAAAACAACGGGAGCGGACUGUGGAGUGGGGGAUUAUGGAGCAGGUAGUGCAGCUCCGGUCUGCGGUGCAUCGACGGAUUAUCCUGAAUGUGGGCCUGGAAGCUGCGGCCGAGGACGAUGAUCUGGUGCUUGCGGCGUGGGUUUUGCAGAAUGAGGGGAAUACGAUAUUGGAUUUCCUAGAGAAGCCGAUGUAUGCUGCUGCGAGGGCUGGGAAUGUUGAUAUUGUGCGGUGCUUGAUGGAGCGGUUGAUGCGGGAUGAUGAGAUGGAUAGGAAGAUAAAUGCUGCGUUGCUGGGGGUCAGGCACACGCAUCCAGAUGCUGAGGAUCAUCUUUGGAUGUAUCGGGCGAGUGUGAUUGUCAGGGCCCUUGAUGUUGCGAUUGAUCAGGAUUUCAACGAGAUUGUCGACCUGCUUAUGCCGCUAUUCCAGCAUGUUAUCCAAGAUGAAACCGGGUGGCCAGUGUUGCGGUCCUUCAGGGAAGUGACAAUUGGCCGAUAUAUCGAGUUCAGCCGAGAGCAGUGUAUGUCUUUGAUCUCUGAACAGCGCAUGCCUCGGAUUUUGAGAGACAGUAUUCGGUGCCGUCUAGAGGACAGUGAACCGUUUGAUAUUGCCGUUGUAGCGGACGGUAAAGAGUUCAUGGCGCACCGCGACAUUCUGGUCUUCUGGUCUGGGAUGUUUGCGACAUGUUACCUGACCAUGGUCACUCAGGUUCCGCUCCCUGAAAGUGUUUCUGCCAAUACGAUGCAGAGAGUGUAUAGUUUCAUGUAUUCCGGGAUCUAUGAGGACAGCGAGUCAGAAGAUCGGGAGCAGGUGUUGAAGGAUCUUCUAGAGGCAGCGAUCUAUAUGAGGAUUCCCAAGUUAGCGGACAGAGUUAAAGACUUGCUGAACAUUGGGCUUGACCUAAAGGACGAAGAGGACGAAAUCGAGGGACUCUGUCGUGGUUUGGCCUUUUCGGUUAUGAACGACGAAGACGACGUUGAUGGGCUUUGUCGUGGUUUGGCCUAUUCGCGUAUGUGA